ACGUAUGGUAGUCUGAGUCAGAAAGAUUUAGAAUUGAGUGCGGGCGGGCGCGCCGCGAAAAACAAGUUAAUGUUUUCUGGCGAAGACUAACAGUAGGCAAAUGGUAUUGCAAUGGGAAUGGUGGACUAAGCGACCUGUCCCAGAAUUCUAGAGACACGUUUUUAGAGGCCUUUGGUUGCUGCUUACCUACGCGUGUUAUAUCACCAGACACUCAAAUGAAGAAAAAUAUAGAUCUCUUUGGAUUGGAGAUCAAGCAUUUUCAACUACAUUGUUGGCUGUCAGAGGAGCUGUUGAAUGCCUUUUUGAAAUGGGGUUUGUAGCGGGGAAAACCCAUCUUACUUCUCCUAAGAAGGCAUCAAUUGAGCAGCUAUGCAGAAUUUGAAAUCUAAUUGCUGGGGAAAAGAAUAGCUGAAUAAAUGGAUCAGAUCAAAUGAGAUCCUCUGGAAAGAUAAUAAGUACACAGCCUACUACUGACGCCAAAUUAGACACAAAUACUCAGUCUGCUGUCAUGACAACCGAAUCAAUUUUCUUGAAGACACUUCAGUCAAAUUUUCUGCAUGUAAUGGCAUAUGAAAAUCCAAUUUUACAAAAGAAAGCCUUGGCUUGUAUUCCACUUCAAAAUCUGAAAAAGCAAGCUCAGAAAAAGUUAUCACAAACCCAAAAACUGGACAGAGAUUGCAUUCUGAGAGAAGAGGAUAUUCUUCUGGUGGAGUUAAUCAACUGGUUUAAAUGUAGUUUUUUCAAAUGGGUAGAUAGCUUACUGUGUAGCAAAUGUGGGGGACAAACAGAAACUAAAGAUAAUUUGUCACCUAACGAGGAUGACCUGAGAUGGGAUGCAAGUAGAGUUGAAAAUCACUUCUGUAACCAAUGCCAGUUCAGCAACAGGUUCCCAAGAUACAACAAUCCUGAGAAACUCCUGGAAACUAGACAAGGGCGUUGUGGUGAAUGGGCUAAUUGCUUUACACUUUGUUGUAGAGCAGUAGGAUUUGAAGCAAGAUACAUUUGGGAUGCAACAGAUCAUGUAUGGACUGAAGUUUAUUCUAUAUCACAGCAAAGAUGGCUUCAUUGCGACUCUUGUGAAAAUGUCUGCGAUAAACCCCUUUUGUAUGAGAUUGGAUGGGGGAAAAAAUUGUCAUAUAUCAUUGCCUUUUCUAAAGAGGAGGUUGUUGAUGUCACCUGGCGUUACUCUUGUAAACAUGAAGAAUUGCUUUCUAGAAGGACACAAGUCAGAGAAACUGUGUUACGAGAAACAAUCAAUAAUCUUAACAAAAUUAGGCAGGAAAUAUUGAGUGAGGGAAGAAAACACGAGCUCUUACAGAGACUCAUCGUAGAGCUUGUUGAGUUUAUUUCUCCAAAAACACCAAAGCCAGGAGAACUUGGUGGAAGAGUGUCUGGAUCAUUGGCUUGGAGAGUUGCCAGAGAUGAAAUUGCUUUAGAGACUAAAGAAGUAGUAUUUAUUCCAACUGUAAAAGAGAAAGCCUCCAAGCUUUUUCACCUCAACUAUAAUAUAGUGGAAGAUUGUUACACGCGGAUAUCAAAUAAUAAUGAAAAAAUAAAUGGUUGGGAGAAUGGUGUUUGGAAAGUGAACUCUUUAUGGAGAAAGAUUGAAUCAGAUUGGAAAAUGGUUUAUUUAGCUCGAAAGGAAGGCUUCUCAUCUGGCUACAUCUGUUGGAAGUUUGAAUGUGGUUCUGUUGGUCUGAAAAUAGACAACAUUUCAGUUAGAACAACCAACCAAACAUUUGAGAGUGGAAGAGUAAAGUGGACACUGCACUCUGGAAGCAUUACAGUUGAUGUUAAUGGAGAUAAAAGACUUCGUUUUUAUCCUGAUAUUUCCAAUACAACAAAUGUUAUGUUAGAAGCUGAACUAAGUGGCGGAGAUGGCAAUAUUGCAUGGCAACAUGCACAGCUAUUUAGACAAAGUUUAAAAGAGAUUGAAGAUUGUUUCGAGAUAAUUAUAACAUUGACUGAAUUCUGAAUAUUAAAUAUUCUGAUGAAACAACAACUUCCAUGCAAAAUAUUUUAGAAGUAAAUGAAUAGAAUAAAAAACACCUCAAGAUUCAUAUUUUAUUACUGUUGAAAACAAUCUAAAAACACUAAUGUGAAAUGCAGUAAAAUUCUAUAUUACUUUUGUUUUCUUGAAAAUAAUGAAAAAAAUAUAUCACGGAAAAAGGAUAUGAUUUUUUUUUAUUAAUUUGGAAAGCAAUUCUCUGAAUACCUAUACAGAGGGAAACAGUUGAGUUAGAUGCUAAAUAAUCAUGCAUGGCAUCUCCUGCAUAUUCUUUCAGUUUUAAAAUACAGGUUAAAUUUUUUUAAUCUAUAAAAGAAGUUUUUUAAAAAAUUGAAUGAAGAUUUUAGUGUCUUAAAUCUGGGUUCUGGAAUGUCAUUUUUUAAAAAACACUUGUGUCAUAUUUUAAUAUUUUUGUUUACCUGUAAUUUUAUAGUAGACAAUCUAUUGCAUUCACAAUAUUAAAGUAAACUAAUAGAAGUAUA